AUGACGGCAGGACUCGCAAGACAGCUGCUACGAGCCUCGACAGGCUCUCUACGAUCUCAGCAUGCGGCACGACGUAGCUAUGCCAGCGUGACCGAAAGCGCCGGUUCCGUCUGUUUCUCGCUCUCUGAGGAUCAGCGAGCCUACCAAGAUCUAGCGAGAAAGUUCUCUGCUGAGCACAUCAUACCCGUCGCGGCAGAACUCGAUCGCUCGAUGGCUUAUCCCUGGGAGAUCAUUCGCAAGGCACACGGAGCUGGUCUCCUCAACACGCAUAUUCCAGAAGCGUACGGCGGUCCAGGAUUGAGUCUGAUGGACUGUGCGCUCAUCAGCGAGGAAUUGGCGUUUGCCUGUUCGGGAGUGCAGACCGCAUGCGAAGCCCUAGGGUUGGCCGAAGCACCGUUGAUUGUUGCCGGCUCGCACGAGACCAAGCUCAAAUAUCUCGGUAGAAUGACGGAAGAGCCCAUUGUUGCAGCCUACUGUGUGACCGAGCCAGGAGCAGGUAGUGACGUAGCCAACAUCUCGACCAAGGCUGAAAAGCGAGGCGACAAAUGGGUUCUGAACGGAACAAAGAUGUGGAUCACCAACGGCGGUCACGCGAAUUGGUACUUUGUGCUCGCCAAGUCAGAUCCGAAUGCGAAACCACACAAGUCCAUGACCGGCUUCGUCGUCGACGCAUCCACGCCAGGCAUCAUCAUCGGCAAGAAAGAGAUCAACAUGGGUCAGAGAUGUUCAGACACGCGUAUGAUCACUUUUGAGGACGUCGAGGUACCUAUGGAGAAUGUAUUGGGCAAAGAGGGCGAGGGUUUCAAAGUGGCCAUGGCCGCCUUUGAUAUCACACGACCUCUUGUUGCUGCAGGAGCGACUGGACUCGCUCAGCGCGCGUUAUGGGAAGCUGCGCGAUACGCUCAGACGAGGAAGACAAUGGGCAAGCCGAUCAUCAGUCAUCAAGCUAUCGCGUUUAUGCUGGCCGAGAUGACAAUGUCCGUCGAGUCUGCUCGUGCGAUGGUGUGGAAGGCAUGCUGGAUGAAGGACGUCGGCGAGCGUAACACCUACUAUGCUUCGAUUGCAAAGUGUAUGGCAUCUGCUGCCGCAGUCAGCAACGCCAACAAUGCUGUCCAGAUCUACGGUGGUAUGGGUUACAAUACAGAGGCGCCUGUCGAGAAGCUCUUCAGGGACAGCAAGAUCUACGAGCUCUACGAAGGCACAACGCAAAUACAGAAGCUCAUCAUCUCCAAGCAUCUCGAGAGCAUGUAUCCCGUCUAG